ACAUGGAAAAACUCGCGCGAAGUCAGUUCAUAUAUACUAAUGGCAAUGAAGAUGGCUCCACACCUACAACACAGAAUUUUUGAAAAUUUUUUCUCAUAGUUAUCUUGGUAUGCUAAUUGCAACUCGAUAUAAAAAAGCGGGGGUUAAUGAUCAAGCCACUAAGGUCAUAGCGUUUGCAGAUAAAUCUCUGGAAAAAUCUACUGAUCUAGCAGGAUGAAAACAGUGCUUUGCAAUUUUCACAAUUAAAAAUAAAAGAAAGAAAGAAGGAAAACUAAAGGAAAAGUGUAACAAACUCGGAAUUCUUGAGAGCAUGAACUUUUAACUCUAAAAAAAGUGAACAGGCUCAAAGCAAGGACGUUAGAGGUCUGGAGGCUGAAGCGUUUUCAUGUGACCAACAUGACGUAACAGGUAGAGUUCAAGAUGGCGGAUCCGUCAUCAUUGGGUUGGAAUUUAUUGUGAUCCCUUACUUCGUUAGUCUUGCUUCCAGAGCAACUUUGUAACUGAGGAGGUGUGAUGUAUCCAAGAGUGAAAAGAUCAAUCUCUGAGAGUGGAAAUCCAUCGGCGAAAAGACCGCUGUUUCGUUCCUUUUCGUUCUCCGAUGCAGCUGGUAAUGGAACACAGCGUGAAACUAACGGCAAUUCUAAACAACAACACGGCCACCACACGGCUCACAGCCCAGCGAGAAAGCAGAGAUUUAAUUUGCCUAUUUACACCGGGCGUAAUGCGAUAAUUGCAGAAGUACGAAGCAAAGAAAACGUGGUAAUUGUUGGGGAAACGGGCAGUGGAAAGACAACACAGAUUCCUCAAUAUCUCCACGAGGCACGCUUGACGAAGCUCGGAGCUAUCGCAUGCACACAACCAAGGCGCGUGGCGGCGAUAAGCAUAGCCCAGAGAGUUACUAAGGAGAUGCACGUGCAACUGGGGGAAGAAGUUGGGUAUACUGUGCGAUUUGAAGACGUUACCACGGCAAAAACAUGCGUUAAAUACAUGACAGAUGGAAUGUUGCUGAGAGAAGCUAUAGGCGACCCCAUACUUCACAGAUACUCGGUUGUUAUUUUAGACGAAGCUCACGAGCGAACUGUACACACUGAUGUCCUUUUUGGUGUUGUGAAGGCAGCACAGGAGAUGCGUAAAGAAAAACAUCAGAAACCUCUUAAAAUUGUUGUUAUGUCUGCCACUUUAGAGGCAGAACAUUUUUCACGCUAUUUCAACAAUGCUAAGGUGUUGUACAUCGAAGGACGUCAGCACCCAGUGCAAGUUAUGUAUGCAGUGGAGCAGCAAAAAGACUAUGUGCAUGCAGCACUGGUGUCAGUCAUGCAACUACACCAGGAAAUGCCACCAGGUGGAGACAUUCUGGUGUUCUUGACUGGACAAGAUGAAAUUGAAUCUUUAGCCAAGUUAGUGACAGAUUGUGCACAGCAUUGUGGAGCAGGAUGCCCCGAGGUUCUUGUUUGUCCAAUGUUUGCUGCCCUGCCAUCUCAGCAUCAAAUGAAAGUGUUCAUUUCAGCUCCAAUUGGUAAAAGAAAAGUUAUUCUGGCAACAAAUAUUGCAGAAACAUCAAUCACCAUUCCAGGAGUCAAAUAUGUGGUAGAUACCGGUUUUGUUAAGGGAAAAGCUUUUCAUCCUAAGACUGGCCUCGACAUACUGCAGGUUCAACCACUCUCCAAGGCUCAGGCACGGCAACGGACUGGUCGGGCAGGCCGAGAAACAAGUGGAGUCUGUUACAGACUUUAUACAGAGGAACAGUUUGAUGAGCUGAAGGAGAUGACAAUGCCAGAAAUCCAACGGUGUAACUUGACAAGUGUUGUCUUGCAGCUCAUGGCCCUUGGUAUAUCAGAUGUUCUGCAUUUUGAUUUUCUCGAUUGUCCUUCACAAGAUGCUAUAGAAAAUGCAUUGGAGCAGCUGGCAACGUUAGGAGCAGUAAUGAAAGGGAACAGUGGCUUUGAGUUAAUGCCUCUUGGUCGUAAAAUGGCAAAUUUUCCACUGGAGCCCCGACUGGCCAAAGUGAUUCUGUCAUCACAGGAAUUAAAAUGCAGUGAAGAGAUGAUCACCAUUGUGGCCUUGCUUUCAGUGGACUCCCUUACUUACACCCCACAAAACAAACGGGACCAUGCCCUAGCAGUGCACAAGAAGUUUCUUUCAUCAGAAGGUGACCAAAUGACUCUUCUGAAUAUUUACAGAGCUUACAAAGCUGUCAGUGGCCACAAAGAGUGGUGUCAUGAACACUUCAUCAACUCACAGACUGUUAAACGUGUUAUGGACAUAAGAAAACAACUGAGAGAGAUUUGCUUAAGACUGGACAUUCCUUUGGUAUCUUGUGGCAAGGACACUGUGAACAUUCGGCACUGUCUCGCAAAAGGACUCUUCAUGAAUGCUGCAGAGCAGCAGCUCGAUGGAACAUAUCUGACCGUGACUCACAGGCAACCUGUCACCAUUCAUCCAACAUCAUCACUGUUUGGUUCUAAGCCACAGUAUGUUGUUUACAAUGAACUUGUACACACCACAAAGUGUUACAUGCGUGAUGUAUGUGUUGUAGAUCCAUUUUGGCUUCAAGAAGCUGCACCAAAUUAUUUUAAAGAGCACAGACUCCAUUCACAGCCUACAUCAGUCCAUUCUUAAUUGACUGAGCUGUAGUCAGAAACAAGAAUACUUUUUCACUUUGCAUUGAAUAAGGGAAAAGCCCUAGAAUUAACUCUUUAACUCCCAUGAGUGAUCAAGGCAGAAUUUCUCCUCACAUAUCAGUACAAUAUUCACACAAAAAG